UGCUGGGUGAUUUGAAGUCACGUGGAGGCCAGUGUUGGUUCAGUCGGAACUGAAGUAAGGGCCGCGGACGGUUGAUGACUAUGGACGGGAAGGCGGUGGAAGCGAUCGGACGGAUCUUGGUGGAUGUGUCGAGGCCGCUGAAGGAGCGGUUCCGGGCGCUUUUUACCCUUCGGAACUUGGGUGGCCCGCUGGCUGUCGAGUGGAUUUCCAGGGGCUUCGGGGACGAGUCGGCGCUGCUGAAGCACGAGUUGGCCUAUUGUCUGGGCCAGAUGCAGGACCAGCGCGCCAUCCCCAUCCUGAUCCGGGUGCUGCAGAACCGCAGCCAGGAGCCCAUGGUCAGGCACGAAGCAGGUGAAGCAUUGGGAGCUAUAGGAAACCCAGAGGUCCUUGAAACAUUGAGGUAUUACUCACAUGAUCCAGUAAUAGAAGUUGCUGAAACUUGCCAGCUGGCAGUUAAACGAAUUGAAUGGCUUCGGGACAACAAAGACCAGAAUGAAAGCCAAUACUGUUCAAUUGAUCCUGCUCCCCCAGCUCUGGAGAAAGAUAUUAAGAAAUUAAGAGAAACACUCCUAGAUGAAUCCUUGCCCUUAUUCGAUAGAUACAGAGCGAUGUUCGCCCUGCGGAAUAUUGGAAGUCAAGAAGCAGUCUUGGCAUUAGGAGAUGGUUUGCAAUGUGGAAGUGCCCUGUUUCGUCACGAAAUUGGCUAUGUCUUCGGCCAAAUGCAACAUGAUGCUAGUAUUCCACAACUUAUAACAGCAUUGAAGAAAAUGGAUGAAAAUCCCAUGGUCCGUCAUGAGUGUGCUGAAGCUUUAGGAUCAAUUGCCAAAGAGCCUUGUCUGGAAGUAUUGAAAGAAUACCUACAUGAUGGAGAACGUGUUGUGAAGGAGAGUUGUGAGGUAGCACUGGACAUGCUUGAGUACGAAAACAGUCCAGAGUUUCAGUAUGCAGACACACUGAUUAAAUUGCAAAAAACUGAGCUUGGGAAUGGAACAUUGCCUUAAUGGAAUUUCUUAAAUUAUUGAAAAAUGAUCAGAACUUGAUGUUGAGUGCACUAUUCACAUAUAUUGUAAUUUUCUUUUGUGCUGAAUUUGUGCAUUUUCUGAUACCAUUCUUCCCUGUUGUUUGAUUCCAAAUAAUGUAGAAUAUGUAAUGAAAUACAUCAUGCUUUAUUUAUUUUGUACUUAUUAAUUAAUAUUAAACAAAAAUCCUUGUA